CACACUCUUCGGCCUCACCACACUCUUCUGUGACCGGUGUAUUAUUCCGCUCGUGAUCGAACAUGGCCGACGGUAAAGCCCUAGCUGAGGUGCCUCUUCGUGAGGUGAAACUUGGCCAGCUCCCUAGAUGGCUUGGAACAUGUUCCUUUACCCCAGGAGCAUUCAAGAAUGCAGUUGUAAGAAAUUUCUGGCGUUAUCAUACCAAGUACAUUAAUGUGAGGAAAGGCAAUGUUGCUCCUAUAGGUCAAUUUAUUGCUCUGACCAUCGGUCUUACAUAUAUAUGGCGCUAUAAGAAAGAGAAGCACCACAGGAUUAGGAAGUACCACUAAACAGCAUAAUACAGACCAGUAUGCAAUAAAUUUACUAAAAAUAUUUCAGGCGUUUGAAUGACAAGGUAGAAGUAGAGCCAUUCCGGACUAAAUAAGAGUACCUAUUACAAGAAUGCUAAGAACUGUUGACCUAUUCAUUAUAUGGAUGUUAAGACGAUUUACCUUGCUGUGAACAGCUUUAUCUUGCAUUAAUUAUUGAAUUAUUUUCGAGAGAAAAUUGUAUUAAACAGAUUGUUUAUGUUGCAA